GGUCAGGUUGUCUCACACAAGAGAUCGGAGAGUAACACACCGUGAAAUAUGGCCAACCUGGUACGGCUUCUGAAGCAAUGGCCGACGUUGCACCCCCUGUUCUGCGCUUGCGUAACACCGCAUCAUUUCGUAUACUCAACCUUGGUACCAGUCACAAAAGCGGUCACUCCACGUCUCUCCCUAACAGGAAUGCCUUCGGCUCACCGGAGCGUCCAUCACCGAUCACGUGGCCUCAGAUUGCCCAAUGCCCCAAUUUCGUCCGACCUCGAAGAAGGCGGCGCCAGCGACUCCGAUCCCGAUGUAAGGAAAAGCAGAAACCAGCUCAAGCGCCAGGCUCGGCGCGCCGUCCGUUGGGGCAUGGAGCUCGCCUCCUUCUCUACCCCUCAAAUAAAACGUAUCCUCAGAGUGGCUUCACUUGACCAAGAGGUGUUCGAAGCUCUAAUGAUAGUGAAGAAAUUAGGUCCUGAUGUCCGGGAAGGAAAGCGAAGGCAGUUUAAUUAUAUCGGUAAAUUGCUACGUGAAGUGCAACCUGAAUUGAUGGAUGGCUUGAUACAGGCUACAAAAGAUGGAGACCAGAGUAGGCUGCAGGCAUUAUCUGGUUCAGUACUUAUUGGAAAUGAUGACGAAGAAGCUGAAGAAUCUGAAUAUGAGGAAGAAGAGGGUUCUGAUGACUGCAUUAACAUGGCCACCAGAUGGUUUGAAGGUCUGAUCGGUAAGGACACUAAAAUCACCAACGAGGUUUAUUCAAUCCGGAGUGUUGAGUUUGACCGUCAGGAAUUGCGCAAACUUGUCCGGAAAGUUCACUCAAUUCAAGAACGGCAGGCCACUACCGAGGAAAAUGAAAAAGAAGCAGAUGUAGCAGUAAUGGCUGCCAGAAAGUCCCUCACUCGUUUCCUUCUUUCCCUCGUGAAGACAAUGCCUAGUGAUUAAUAUCUGAUUAUAUUGGUUACUACGAUUAUUUUUGUGACACCUCCCUUUGAAGCAUGAUAUUAUAGAUACUUAAACAAGAUCGUCCUGUGUGGGCACCGGAGUUUCAGAGGUUAUACUGUUACUGGUCGAUGGAUGCCAUAUUAGGCCACCAUCCGGUGUAUGUGGUGCAAACUUUGUAGUGAAUUGCCAAAUUGAGAGGAGUGGAGACUGCCAUAUUUUCUUCUUCUUCUUCUUCUUCUAAGAAGAUCGUAAUGAAUUGAGUAUUGGUGCUAUGUACAAUGCGGAAUGGCUAAGUGCAGACCAAGCUAUGGCUAGUCAAGGGCGGGCCCUCAGUAUGGCAUCUAUAAUUUUGACCUGUGGUGUGCUGGGUUUUCAGGUUUGGGCCUCACCGGCCUAAAAUUAUGGUCCAAAUUGUAACCUUAAUUUAACGAGAUCAAUCAUUGUUCGCA